UAUGAAUACAAUUAAAAAACGCAAAUCCGAUAUGGAAGAUAUAAACAAACCUAAAAGAGUAAAAAAAGAAUGCAGCUAUGGGGAAACGUGUUAUAGAAAGAAUCCGGCGCAUUUUAGAGAGUACAGCCAUCCACAUUUGGAAGCAAUAAUAGACUCCCGGACAGAUUCAGAAUAUGUUGUGCCGUCUCACCUACAAUUGCAGAAAUAUAUGAUAUUGGAACAGAUUGAAAUCAUAUUAGAAAAACAGCUGUACGAACCUAAGAAAAGGGUUGGUGGUAACAGCGCAACGACAUUAGAAACAAAGUUCUGUGACACUGGUACAUCUAAGAACACAAUACAUAAUACCAUAGACAAUAAAGUCACAGUGACUAAACCCAUGGACAAGAUGGACAUAGCGAAAAAUAUCAAAGUUGAAAAAGACAUUCUGGAAAUUGCGCCGAGUUCCUCAAAUGUAACAACCGAAAAUAAGAAAAUAAUUAGUAGUUCGAACGCUUUAUAUGGCAUGAACAAAGCAGGGGAUUGCUCUACAAAUUUGAAAACAGAAGUGAAGACAGAAAGAAGCUCUUCUCCAAAUGAAAUUCCUACCCUUUUGAAGAACCAAACUGGUGAUUUAGAUUACCGCCCCAUAGUCGCCCCUACGCGUCGCGCCGAGGAUUAUCUAAAAGUAGUGCGCCCCCGCGGCAAAAUGGCGGAGAAACACGCGGCCAGCGCCCCCUAUCACAUAUUCUACACUACCAUCAACGAUGCAAAGGAAACACAUAGUCAACCAUACUCCAUUACUUUUUUGGAAAUUCUGGACUCCAGUUUAGGGGAGCUUAGAUGUUCGCUACAAAUUAAUUUCAUGGUGGAAAUAUCGUGGCUUCUGGCGCAGUAUUACUUUGCUGGUUACAGGUAUACAACAACAUCAACCUAUUUAUACGUCCCACUGAUGGGCAAGGGUCUCCUCUCAAGCGAGGGUUUAGGCCAUAGAUCGCCACGCUGA